AUGUCUGGCGUCUCUUCAGAUCCCUCUUCUCAUCGAGUUUGGUCCGGCGUGAUUAAUGCAGUGGGCAGCACUGUGAUUCAGGGUGAUACCACUGCCGGAAGGGAUGUUAUCAAUCUGACAUUGAACUCCUUUUUGCCUAGUGCUGAGGCCUUCUAUAACCUUUGCCAAUCCUCGGAUGACGCUUUUAAGGACGUCGCCGGAGAAUUGAAAGACCUACUAUCUGGGUUUGAACAAGCAGAAGGCUUCCUCAAUAAUGGCCACUUGGACCAAGCUCAGCAGGACGUCCUUGCAAGGCACCUGUCCCAGAGUCGCAAGAUUGUUGAAGGUCUGCAGCAGUUGAAAUCUGGCUUGGACGCAUCGAACAUGCUUCCUACAGAACUAGUGAAUCGAGGCUUGUUGCAACGGCUUGCAGAAUUGAUGAACAAACUUAGACCGCGAGUGGCUAGUAUCAACUACUUUAACACAACAAUUUCAUCUCAGGCUCACCUGGGACAAUUGAUACGCCGGACGAUCGAAGAGCAUUUCCCAGUCGAUGACCAACAGUCAGUGCACACUUUCUGGACUGCACAAUCACAAACAAGUGAAGAGAUGGAGUCUUGGCGUCAGCUGCGGAAAAAGCUUCGGGAUCUGUGCUCAGGUGAUCCGUCACAACUCAAAACCAACCAGACCCGUGUUCUGAUGAUCUUACGCCAAUACUAUUCGGGUGAUGUAUUGACUGAUUCUUUCUUCCAAGAUGAAAUUGAAGGUAUCGAGGAUUCUGAUGAGGACAACUUGACAUCAAGAGAUGCGAGUCCGUGUCGUGAUGGAUUGCAUGACGCCGUUGGCAUGAAAUUCGCCUUAUGGACGAAAGAAAGGGUAAGAAAGAGGCCAACAAGGCUGGGUUUCUUUAUCUGGGCCAUGCUCCAAACGCAGUUAGCUGCAUAA